AUGCGAGUUCGGCAGCUCCAAUCCUUCGUCCUGCAGGAGAAGUUGACCCGGACGCAGGACAUUGGGAUGUUGAAGGGUGCGUACGUGGGUAUUGAUGCAAUGACCUGGAUUCGGAGUUUGCCAAAUUUGAAGGACCCUUUUUCGGAUUUGUUGGGUGGCAUUCCAUUGAGUUUCCAUGCUGCGGUUUUAGCUCAAUUGAAGAACUUAUGGAAGCGUGAUAUCAGGCCGAUCUUCUUUUUCCAAGGCCUGAGUCCACGUGGGCAUUGUUUGUUCAACAAGGUAGAUGCGCAAUCGAUCACGGAGGGUUGGCAGGCCUUUGAUGCGGGAGAUAUGGAGAGCGUGACUCACGUGUUUGAGCGGACAACAUCGCGGGUGAAUGAUGAGACGUUGCAGGAGUUGUGGCGAAUUUUGCAGACGUACAAGGUGAUCUGUGUUGGUUGUCCUUAUCACACGGCUGGACAGAUGCUUUACUUCUUGAGCAGACAAUGUAUCACUCAUAUAAUGGGAAGCAUUAGCUUGCUGCUUUGGGGGCUUCAGUCCGUGAUUGUGAACAUUGCCUCCGACCAUGUUGUGACCAUCGACCUGCAGAACGUGCUCAAUAGCUGGAUGCUUACGCACCAACAGUUCGGCGAUGCCUGCAUUCUCGCGGGCACGGAUUAUUGCCACACACUGCCACACAUCAACUUGCUGGCCGAAAAAUUCUCUUUCGACCAUGCCAUUAAAUUUGCCCAAGCGGGCAACCUGCAGCGCUAUAUCUGGUAUGUGCCCGUGGAGAACGUGCAGUUUGAGUUUCUCCACCAGUAUGCAGUCUGCAGAAAUUGGAUCGACAUAUCACCCGCACUUACCGAAGAAGGUGUGGUCAAAAUCAUCGAGAACCGGCAGAUACUGAACCCUGUGGGUCAUCCAGCUCCCGUGCCAGCCGACUACCACGUGGUCGCAGGCUAUAAACUCCCGGACCUCGUCUUCGGCCUCCUUUUCAAAGGCCUCAUUUCGCCGCUGCUACCGAAAGUUUUGUCUUAUGGCGUCUGGAUCGAAGACGAACACCCAUUGGUCCUCUCCGAACAAUAUGAGAAGUGUCUCGUGCAACUCCGAUCACUCCGUCUAGUGGCUUUGGGAAGGAUCGCAAGCCACCUGCACCUCUCCAUCCGAAACCGCGCGAUCACGUUCGAGUACACCUCCCGACAUGAAUCGGAUCCGAUGUCGGUGUUGUUCAACAGCAAAUCCGAUGGGGAAUAUCAGUGCACGUUACAGGAUUCGCUGAAUCUUAACUUCAGUCCCGAAGUUUUGCGAAGAAGGUUGGCCGAGUCCGCGGAGAUUGCUGUCUCCUCUCCUUCGAGCAGAGAAAAAAACCCCAUUACGCGAGGAGUCGCCGUCAACAACCGAGAGCGUUAUUCGGAGGUCAGUGAACCUCCCACGACGUCUACCAGCUCCUUCGUGGCGCCACAGCAGGUGACUAACGUGCUGCCCAUGCGGGACACGAUCAAGUGGAUCCUGGAGACGGCCGGCAUCCCCUUCCAGCCUGGUAUGAGUAUCAGAGAAAAAGACGUGAACGAGUCACCCUUCAUGACCGCUAAGGACGCACCGACCAAAGACUUAGGCAAGGCUUAUACACACGCACUAGUUAACAUUAACUAUCUUCACGCAUUGGAGUUCGUCGAGCACAACGGCACCCCCUCCGGCUGGCUGCUCGCACUGCAACUGUGCCGCUCCGUCUACUCCAAACACGACGACCCUUCUUCCGAAGAAUCAUCCACUCACAAUACGCACGGCAGCACACACACACGCGAUCCGGGUGCGACACGCGAUCCGGGUGCGACACGCGACACGGGCGCCACACGCGACACGGGCGCCAUCCAAGACUUCUCGGACACAAUGGUGCUCUCCCUCAUGCUGGCAUACGGCUUGCUACGGCUGGGGCUACUUACUGGUGACGACUUUACCUACGCCGCCGAGAACUGCUACCCCGUCUCCUUGACGCAGUUUUCACUGGACGCCGCCGAGUCGCUGUCUUUGGAAUACAAGAGGCAACUCGCCAAGGAACCAAGGGCCAGUGCGUGGCGGACGGAGAUGGCGGCAUGCCUUGAACCCUCACUCUGCAAGGAGUCGCUACAGCUUGUCACGAGGAUACUCUCCCUCUACCCACUUACCUUCGCCCCGGGCACCGUUAAACUGCCCACACAGUUCAUCGACUUCGAUAUCGCUUCCUUCCUCGGCAUCGUCAAGGCCGUCCGGCGGAGCUACAACCAUGUACUCGAAGGCGUGGUCGCCGAUGUCUGCCUCAAGAACCGGUACUGCAUGCUCAACGUCGAUAUCAACGCACUACCGCACCAGAGACACAUUCCUGGGUGUGCAGGCGCCGUCUUCAAAUUCAUCGCCGUAAACCACACCACCUAA